AUGGAAUUUUGUAAGAUUUUUGCGAAAAUAGGUAACCUCUUCUUCAGAUCUCCAAAUUCCAAUCAAAAUUGUUUUCCAGUGAAUUCAAUUGUUCUAAAAACCAGAAAAGCUCUAAACUUGCCCGAAUCAGAUUCUCUGAAAAUCGCCGCAUUUUGGAUAAAUAGAGUUUGCGAUUUGCUGGUAAUUUGCAGUAUUGCCUAUUUUGCAUAUUGCAAUUUUUGGAUAAUUCUGCCUUUUCAAUAUCGGGAGAUUUUCGAUUUGGAUAGUUAUCUGGACAUUGUUUUUCAUCUAAUUCUUCAAAUUAUUUAUUUCUACACAAUUUUCAAAUGUACAUUUCAUUAUUACAAGGCAAAAACCAUAAAUCCGGUGGAAAAUCCAGGAGUGAGUUUGAAUUUUUGAAAAAAACAAUUUUUUUGAAAAUGAAGGCGCAAACAGCAAACGCGUCAGUGUAGAAAGCAUGACGCAUUUUGAUUUAUUUUUUUUUUUCAUUUCCCGGGAAAUUUCCCAAUUUUCAGAGCAAAACCGACUAUUUCUGUCAAAAAUGCUCUGCUCAAAAAAGCUCGCUCACAUUCCACUGCAAAGGGUGCGAUAAAUGCAUCUACCUUAUGGAUCAUCAUUGCCCUUGGAUUGGACAAUGCGUCGGAGCUCACAAUCAAGCUCAUUUCUUCCUUCUCUUGAGUUAUCUAUUCUGGAUUAAUGUGCUCCUGGUUUUCGCCAACUUUGAAACAUUCUAUGCGUAUUUUGAGGUAAGCUGAGGGAAGUUUUCUUUUCAAUUUAAAAAUAUUGAUUUUCUGUAGGAAACUCUGGAUAUCGUGUGGAAAAUUGAGGAAAAAGUCGGAUUCUUCAAGGGGCUUUAUUAUGCGAUGUUUUUCAAUAAUUCGGAUUAUCGGAAAAUUUCGAUUUUAUUGAUUUAUCACUCGUUUUUAUCAAUUGUUAUUGGAUUAAUUUUGUUGGCUUAUGUUAUUAGGAUAUCAAUUGGAAAGACACAUUUGAGCAGAAAGGUGAGAAAAAUUAAUACUUCGUGGCGAAACCUAUAAUAACUUAUCUAAUUUCAGAUCGAUUUCGGAAACCAUUCUUGGAAUUUCAAUCGAAUCCCUCAAAACUGGAACACCUAUUUCUCUAUUGACAAAUCGAAAAACGAAAAUCUCCUCAAAAAUUUGCUAUUUGCCUGGAACCAAAAACCCAUCAAAUUUGGAGAUUGUCUGAACAUCGAGGAAAAAUCAUCAUUUGCCUAA